CUCCAAUCCUCCAUCCGUCCAUCCAUCUCCUAAGUCCGGCUCGCUGCACCUGCCAAUGCAUGCUCACCUUUUCUACUGAACCGGAUUAACUGUUGUGCACGUUUCUACGCCUGCCCUCUGCCUACUGCGCGUAGACUUUGGCAGUGUUGCUUCGUGAGCGCCGUUAACCCGCCCAAACCGUCGACCUCCUUCGCGCGUCAGUGCCUCGCCCCUCAAGACAACGACCGCGACGCGUGCUGCAACCCUCCUUCUCCGCUACCAUGGCCGAGCGCGAUCACUCACCCACUUCGACAUCCUCUACCCUCUCCAACAUCACGGUGCAGACGGACAAGCACGGCGAUGCUCGCGCCACGUCCAGCGCGUCGCCCUCCAUCUCGACGCCUCCUACCAGUCUCGGCGACGAAGCCAGCGUCAUGUCUGAGAUAACCAAGAUCGAACACGCUGUCGAAGUGUACGAGGAGGCUCCUGGCUUGCAGAUGACUAGCGACACAGCAGCCCCCGCGCAAACCACUGCGCCCGAUGCCGCCAGCAGUGAGAUCCGCCGGCCCGCGAGGGCCUCGCGCAAAUCCGUCACCACGUACAAUGUGCAGAUUCUCGCCGGAACAGCCAUCCACACGCCGACCAAGUACCUCGAGAAGCAUCACAAGAACGUCGUGCAUGGCUCGCUUGAGAGCAUUGCGAAGGCGGAGAAUGCGACACCUGUACGGAAGAAGAUGCUGAAGCGGAAGUCCGAGAUGACGGAUGCCAGCGAUCAAAUCGAGGAGCAGCUGGCUACCGAAGCUGCCCAAGCAGCACGACGUCGCACUUCCUCGCGCGUGACGGAUCUUCGCAAGGAGGCCUUCCGCAACAUAACAGGCAAUAGUUCGGACGGAAGGGCUUCCAAUCAAAGCACUCUACGACGUAGCACUUCAGAACCUUCUUUGAAAUCCAAAUCAGCUGCUUCCGCGGCUUCUUUGAAGCGCUCUCGCGCAACAAUGGAAGAUGGAGGUCGCCAACCUAACAACCAAGCGCAGGAAGAGAAAAUCUUCUCGAAGCCCAAGUCGAAAGUCUGGCUCAAGCAGGGUCUAUAUGUGGGCCAGGAUCGCGACUUUGAUCCUCGCCUCUCAGAGAGCCAGAACCGCGCGAAGAAGAGAGCCAAGAAACCAGGGAAGGCUCACAGUUUACCCCUCCCGAUGUUUGCUUGCGAACGCCUCUUGAACGAGGACCCCAAACUUGUGUUUCGCGACUUCAAAUUGCCAUUCGACACUUACAGCCCUCUACCCAGGAAAGUCAAAGUCGACGGCUGGGUUAAGCUCAACAAAAACAGAUUCAUUGGCGACGCGUCUGCACUGUGGAAACGCGACAAGCAAGACUCUUCCCAGUGCUAUUGCGAUGCCGAAGACGGCUGCGGAGAAGCCUGUCAUAACCGGAUCAUGGCAUACGAAUGCGAUAACACCAACUGUCCCCUUCCUCCGGAAUUAUGUAACAAUCGGCCAUUUGCAGAGCUCAAGCGACGUGCUAAAGGCAACCGUUACGAUUACGGCGUGGAGGUUCUCGAUACGAAAGACCGAGGCUUUGGUGUGCGUGCUAUGAGAACUUUCGACCCCCACCAAAUUAUCGUAGAAUAUGCCGGAGAAAUUAUUACCCAGACUGAAUGCGAGCGACGCAUGAAGCAGGUUUACAAGAAAGACAAGUGCUAUUAUCUUAUGAGUUUCGACAACAAAAUGAUCAUAGACGCAACCCGUGGAACGAUUGCGCGUUUCGUCAACCACUCAUGUGAACCUAACUGUGAGAUGAUCAAGUGGACUGUGGGCGGAGAACCACGAAUGGCACUCUUCGCUGGUCCUCGAGGCAUCAUGACCGGCGACGAGCUAACCUACGAUUACAAUUUCGAUCCGUUUUCGCAGAAGAAUAUCCAGGAAUGUCGUUGUGGCACUGAGUCGUGUCGAGGUGUCCUCGGUCCCAAACCGAAGAAACCCAUUGAGGAAAAGUCCAUAGCUUCGGCUCUCAUCGCUGGCACCAAACGCAAGCUUCAAGAUCUGCUGGGUUCCCGGAGAUCCGGUUCUGAAAGCACUCAAAGCUCCCCCAAGAAGCGCAGAAUGCUUCUUGGUAACUCAGUUAGCACAAAGGCAAAGAAUGCCCUUGCUCGAUCAGAGUCUGCUCGCGAGCGAGCUGAAAGAGAGGCAAAUGAGCUGUCGCGCCAGAAUGCGUCUCGCGAGAACCGCGCGCUCAAACGCUCCAGUUCUGGUAACAUUGAUAAACGCACACGAUCAACCAAUUCGCGGGCGGUGCAACCGUCUACUGUCAUUCAUACCCGACGCACAACUGUCACCUAUCAAAGGAAGGUUUCUAGGCCUGGUGCAUUGAAAAAGGUUAAGCCCUCUCGACUACAAUCGACGCUUAAGAACAGAAAGGCACUUCGUUCUCAACGACCAAGCACGCCUACUCGUGAUACGGACACGGACAUGCUGGAAUCAGAGGAAGAUGCUUCACCGAACAUAACUCCUGCAUCUUUGCGCAGUGCAACGAGGAAAUCACCCCUUGCUAGUCCCAUCUCCCAAGAGGAUAUGGCUGCAGUGAAAGGCCGUGUGUCUCGCAAAUCUUCGAUCCGGAGUGUACGGGGAAGGUGAAAGAUCUAUUAUCAACUUCCCGUAUACCGCAGACUUGUACCAACCUACGUUCUGCGGUAGUACUUGUCCAAGAGCAUCGAUUGAUGUACUCUUACUAGGCUCUUUCCAGUGUUUUUCUAAAGGAUGUGGGUAGAUAUAUGUACAGAUAGUUUUUUCCAUUAUCAACUAUGGAAAGUGGAGAGAGACGGCUUCUUGCCUCAAGUAGCUGUUGUGAUACGUUUUAACAAUACUAUUAUUGUGUUCUGUUUACCUAGAAUCUCGUUCUCAAAG